GGAACAUUUCACUCACUUGAACUCCAUGUGAGAAUACUACAAGAAACAGAGAACCUUAUGCUAAGAUGGACGAUCUAUCGAUGACAACCAUACUUCCAAAGAAUAUCAGCAACCAGACGUGUGAUUUAUAUGCUCACCGAAAUAAAGCUAAAAUUCUACUGCCAAUUUUUUACAGUAUUGUUUUGCUUAUUGGGCUAUUUGGUAACAUUUUAGCUUUGGCAGUAAUCCAUCAAAACAGACGAAAGCUAAAUUCCACAACUCUUUACUCCAUACAUCUUGUUGUUUCGGAUGUACUUUUUACUAUUUCUUUGCCUACGAGAAUAAUAUAUUAUGCUUUUGGAUUCAACUGGCCUUUCGGCGAGGCGUUCUGUCGGAUUACAUCCCUCAUGUUUUAUAUCAAUGUAUAUGCCAGCGUUAACUUCAUGACUUGCUUGAGCAUUGACCGUUUUUUUGCUGUGGUGCAUCCAUACCGUUAUAAUAAAAUCAGAAGAGUAAAAUAUGCAAAGAUCAUUUGCAUCGUUGUUUGGAUUAUUGUUUUUUCUCAAACUCUUCCUCUGCUCUUACAGCAAAUGUCAAAAAAAGAACACGACGGAGCAAUUACAUGCAUGGAGUACCCAAAUUUUGAAAUCAUUCCAAAUUUGCCAUUUAUUCUUCUUGGCGCAUGUUUCGUUGGAUAUGUUACUCCAUUAGUAAUAAUACUCUUUUGCUAUUCCCAAAUAAGCAUUACGCUUUAUCAAGCAUCCAAGAAGAACCCGCUUACGGAAAAAUCUGGCACAAACAAAAAAGCUAUCAACACAAUUAUUUUAGUUAUUGUUGUGUUUUUAUUUUGUUUCACACCUUAUCAUAUAGCAAUUAUGCAACAUAUGGUGAAGAAGCUAACAUACACACCGGACUGCGAGGAGCAACUUUAUUUUCAAAUCUCCCUCCACGUAACGGUAUGUCUAAUGAACUUGAACUGCUGCUUGGAUCCUUUUAUUUACUUCUUUGCAUGCAAAGGGUACAAGAGAAGACUCAUGAAAAUAUUUGGACAGCAAGGUAGCAUUUCGUCUUCCAGUGCCACACGACCAGCCGCUGAUGAAAGCUCCCGUGAUAUUGCUCACAGUUUAACAAAUGUUCAAACAAAUACAAAACAUUUAAUAACUCCUUUACAAAAACUGUAAACUGCUCCACGUACCAAAGGCAAAAAAAAAAAAAAAAAAAAAACAUUGAAAGAACUACAUACAACUGGUUUAUAUUUCAUGAAUUAAGUGGUGUGUGAAUUUACUUUCAUUGAAGCUGUUGUGCUAUAAAACUGUACAAACUGCAAAACGAAUAUUGUAUAAUAAAUUAAAUAAGAAAUGAACAGGGGAUAAUAGGAUACAUAAAGGGUGAGCUUAUGACCAGGUAUAACAUAGCUCACAGGUACUAUAAUUACUACAAUAUCAUUAAGAAAUAUUUUAAUAUCCUGCCAAUAUUUGAUCAGAUAAUAAAAUAAUAACACCAAAGGAUUUACCUAGAAAGAGUAUAUUUAGGAAUGUUAUCAAUUACAGAAAAAAAUUAGUGAAUGCACAUCCUUAUCUCCUAAAUGUGUUAUUCCACAAACGGACAACUUUUCCAACUAUUCACUAAGUGAAUAUAUUUAACGGAAGUAAGAGCAUGAGCUUUUAAUAAAUGGAAACUACUAUGAAUAUUUUGGAACAAAGUAGUUUAUUACAUCACACAGUUUAUGGGGGUCAACUAACAGCUAUGAUACUUAAAAAGUCCUGCCAUUGAAAAUCUGAUCCUACACUAUAAACAGUGACACAUAUAGAAGUGCAUUUAAAGGACCAUUAUUAUGUUCUUUUACAUUAGAGUAGCUCUUUACAUUAAAAAAAAUAAUAUGACUGUUACAUCCUUAUCAAAGGGAAAGAACAUGCAGGUAAUUUUAAAGAGAAAUGGUUAUUAACC